AUGUCUAGUAUCCAUUCUGCUCGAUCGCGCUCUCUAUUCUUCUCUCAGAAAAUGCCGCUUCGCACACUCGUCGGGGUUCUGCUCUUAUCUGCGUCGUCACCGUUACCUGUUGUGGUCCAAGCGGUGCACUUGCAAUCGGGACGAGGACGGCAGCACUGGUUUAUGAAAUCCUCUACAGGCAGGAGCACGAGUGGAAGAAAUGGUGAAAUCGAAUCCGCAAAACCUGUCGUGCACACAGAAGAUCCCGCAAAAUCCUUUAACACAGAAGCAGGCAUCGAAAGUACGACCGCCGAGCAACCAGCAUCCGCGACCUUCGGAAAAAAUGCAGGACGUGGUGCCGGUGGACCAACCGUUCCCGGUACUGAAGGACAUGAUCUUCGUACAGAGUACUCUACAAUGCUGCUGCCGCCAGUAGAGGACGUGCUAAACGAUCAAGAUGAAAUUCCAGCAAGUGGACGACCACAAUUACCACCAACUGCGGGGCCCGGAAAGCUUUUGGAUCCCGACCAACAGGAUAUCGUUGACGCUGCUCGAGAAAAACUGGCAGGACUCUCGCUGGGGUUUGGAGGGCCCGGCCCGAAGCGCAAGGCGAGCCUGCGCUCGGAUAGGACGGCCAGCACACGUCUUGGGGACGAGCACCAAGGCGCAGGAGCAUCUUCAUCAGGACCGGUCUCUGUCAAUGUAUCGAAUCGCACGAGCCCGGACUCCUCGCCAAGCAGCGGCCGCCCAUCAGGGGAACUGCCCACUGUAGUCUGUGGUGAAAAUGUCCCACCCGAGCCUCCUGCACACUUAGCACUGCCGCAUUCGUCCCCCUGGAGUGCAGAAACGAAAGCGUUUAUUGCGACGGAUAAUGAGAAAAAUGCUCGAAAUCGCUUCAAGAUGGCUGUUGAUGCUGCUAGCACGAAAAUGACAUCACCGCCAGAAAGUCACGCAGACGAUUAUCAUGCACAACACGACGAAGUACUAGAAAAAGCUGCAGCUGCCUCAGAUUUUUCCGCCGAGUCUGAUGCUUCUAUACCAAACUACGCUCUUCCUGCAAAGGAAAAACUGUACAAGCUGGUCAAAAUGACGACUCGGAUGGCAGAAGAGGCGGCCCAGCGGGAUCUCAAGUUUUCAAAGAAGUACCGCAGCGGUUCGGUGAGGGAAAUGAAGCGGCACAUUGCAGCCGAGCAUCGCGCGUCUCUCGCGCCGCUGCAAAGGAGUCGACCGGGACUAUUUCAGAAAAGGAAACAAGCGAACAGUAAGGCUUCGAACAAAUUGGUGAGCAAGCACCGGACCAGUGCGGCCAGAAAGAAGAAGCUCCUAGUUUUCCUACAGAAGUGUUGUGAGAAGGAAAAGUGUAACGCACGCAAAGAGUUUUCCCAAUUCGAAGCCAAAAUGGCCGCAGUUCUCCGAGAAAGGCCGGAGCAACCAGAAGCAGAAAACUUGGACUCGUCCUCUACUUCUGCAAGCAGCAAUGAUUCUUGCAGUGUAGACGGCGAAGGCUUGGAAGAAGUUUUCCAGAUGGCACUGGAAGAGAAACUGGCAGAGGCCGACGACCGGAACGAUUUUGCGCAGAAUCUCACCGGCGACUUACAGCGAAAGGAGAACAAGAGCUGGGGCAAGUUGCAAGCGCUGAAGGUCGUCGGUGUCAGUCAGGACGUUCUUGACCGGGAAGAGACGAGACACAACAUGCUACGGAAAAUGCGACAAUCCGCGGCGAGAAAUUGGAUGCGAGCCCAGGAUGACGUGGUGGAGUUGAAGAAGUUUUUGGAGCCGGAAGAGGACUAAGAAGUACUAACUCGUCGAUCCCUGCUGGCUCGGAAGGUCGUUUUUCGGUUAGGGACUACCGCAAAUCGAUGCUAGAAGCGGAGCGGGCAGGAGCAGGAACAGGCGAUGUGGUAGAUUAAAGUUCCGGAACGCAGCAGCCAGCGAUAUCUGCAAUUAAAACGCAAAGAACGUGUUGUAGAUGGACUGCGGCUAUUAUACUACGAAUGAAGAUCAUUGUUUGCAUAAACUUAAAAAGGUUAUAAUAUGAAAGGUCUUUACAACGCGCAACGCGCACUGUCGCAUCCAUGUUUGGAUUUCUAGAAGAUGUAGGCUACGGUUUGUUUAGCCGUAGAUAGAAUUGAAACUCCUACAUAUUCCAUGUCGCUCGCUUAUCAUGAAAGGCACUCUUCUUGCGCCAUUUUUUAAAACUGAUCAUCGUUCAUAAAUGAGCAAGGUGACGUACGUGAAUUUUGCUUCCGACGCGCAUAGGAACGAUCAAGCGAAUUUUUGGGCCCAGUGCGAUGCCAUGGAGCGCAAUUUUUAUUGUAUGCAGCGUCACAGUUUACAAGAACAGUGCAUUUUUUCGCAAAACGUUUUUAAUACAACGUUUACGUUACCGAAGCCGGGCGCGUUGUCUACAUGCAUCUGCAACUUAACACGAGCAGAAACCCUCGCUCUGCGUGCAGGGCGUCAAUCCGAGUUGCUUGCUCCCCCGAGCGGACGACUUUCCCGGCCCCGUGUUCCACUGGGCUGGCUGCUGUUCCGCCUUAAGCCGCCGAGCUGCAUCCAGCUUGUCGCCCUUUUUCCUCCUUCGAAAUCGA